AUGGCUUUGGUGACAGAUGAUCGAUUUCAUUGUCUUGCUGACUCGCAGUUGAGUGUUGCAGUUCAAACUGUCAGAGCGAGCCCGAGGAUCUGUCAGCUGGCGCAGCCAAAACGGAUGAAGAUGAUGUUGAACGGCUUCAGUGCUGAAUCAAGUGGCCACACAGUGACCGUUCCCACGGCGACACCAUCCCCACGUUUACUGCAGCUGGCCUCUCCUAAACAGGUCCAUCCACAGCACGCUCUCGACCGGCCGGUGUCUUGGCCGAUUCCAAAUCACAUUCUGAAGACCUCAGCCAGCGAGAGACUGCGCCUUCUGGCUCGACCGAAGACCCGUCAGGCCCUGUUUGAGGCGUAUGACCCUUACAGCGUCAGUCCUGCUGCCCGGGCGGCCACUGCUUCUCCCAGACUGCUGGAGCUUUCUUUACCAUUACCACGGAAAUGUAAAACCUAAUACACGCCGUUCCUCCAUCUGUAUGAAGUACAUACAGUACAUUAUUUUAGAGUUUCAUUUUUUAGGAUGAUGUAUUCUGUGUCAUUUAGAAUGUAAUGUGAAUUCUGACAUUUAAACAUGCUGUACGGUCAAUAUGUAGCUAUAGAAGUAAAGAAGUGUGCGUCCUUGUGAAAUAAGCAAUGCAUCCACAAGGGUUUUGUGUUUGCUGUCAGGUUU